GUUCCUGUUGAAACUCUUCUCAGUAGAUUGCCCAGAAAAAUGUUUGCGAAGAUGCAUGCUGAGCUCAGUUCAUAAAUAGCCUUACCACUUCCUCAUAUGGUUCAUUUAGCAAAAUGGAGCUUGUCGUACUUCUCUGUGCCGUUUCUCUGCUGCAUUCAUGUGAAGCUCAAGAGCCCAGUGCUGUGACUCCUGUGUUUGUGCAGAAGGGAGAGUACGUGCUUCUGAAUGUCACACUAGCUGAUGAUCCUAAAGACGAUGCUGUUUUCUGGAGAUUCAAUAAAAAAGUUAAUUUAGUACGAUUUUUAGCUGGUACAGAAACAAAAGUCUUUGAUGAUUACUCUGUAAGGAUUGAGUUGCUUGAAAACUACUCUGUGAAAUUGAAGAAUCUACAAGAGGCAGACAGUGGAGUUUAUACUGCAGUAGUGUCUGGGGGUAUAGAAAAACCAAUAACUGGAUACAAGGUCACAGUCCAAGAUCCAGUGUCUCCAGUUAAACUGUCAGUGGACUCUGUGUCUAAUAGCUCAGACUGGUGUAACCUGACAGUGAGCUGCAGAGCACAGGACUCUCACAUUAACAGCACCUUUAGAUGUGACCCCCACACCUGCAGUCAGGAGGGAGGAGAGAGACCACAGGUCCCACCCUCUAGUGCUGAUCUCCAUGUCUACCUGUCCAAUGGCUCCAUCAUCUGUAACCAUAGCAACCAGGUCAGCUGGAAAAAGGACAUGAAAACAAUAAAAAAUGUCUGCCCCCAACUUGCUGUUCAGCAACACUCCACCAAUGCCAUCUCUGUGGGUGCUGGUAUAGGUAUCUCUCUCUUUCUCCUAUGUGUUGCAGCACCAGCAGCAGCAUUUCGUUAUCAUCAAAAGAGAGGACAAUAUAAAAGAGAGAGCAUGGAGAAUACAGUAUAUGAAGUUCCUCGGGUCGGACCUACAGCCCUACCUCAGAGUCCAGCAGUUGAAGUUAUAGGUCUUUCUCCAACCUCCACCUACUGCACGGUAGGGCCUCACACUGGACCUGUGGAUUCCAAUACAACAAGAGGCACGACUCUGCCAGAGAGUCUGUAUGCUCAGGUGGAUAAACCUGCCAGGUCCUUAAACAAGUAAUCAGCAUGGUGUUACAUGGCUGGUACAGAAAGACUCCUCCAAUACAAAAACAUUUCAAUGGAAACAGCUGCAAUAUAAUGUAAUGUUAUUAGUAUUUUUGUAGUAUUAUGUUAAUAAAUAUGUGUGUGUGUGUGUGUGUAUGUGUGUGUUUUUAAAUAUCUAAAUAUCUAAAUAUCUGGGGUCAAUAUCUGCGCAUUUCGUAAUUUUUUUUCAUUGAGCCAUGUCAUUAAAAAUUAUAUUUUGUUUUAUAUUCAGAGUGUCAAGUAUGUUUCCUAUAACAAUACAGUAGUACUGAUGGAUUAAUUGCAGAAAAACUCACAAUAUACGAGAGGGGUAAAGAUCUUUUCAUUAAUUUACAAAAUCAGAAACAAAUAUUAGAUGAGUAUAAAGCUUUACAGUAAUCGUCUCCAAUAAUGGUGCAUGUAGCAGAAACUGCUUCCACCCUAAGAUAAAGAAAUAUAAUAACAUACUGUACAUACUGUACAUAUGCAAUAAUUUUUAGAACAUUGUGAACAGGACCACAUUCAAAUUUCCAUCAAGGCUAUUUUUGUGUGUUGUUGGUCUUGAUCGUACAAAUAUAGCAGUUCUUUUUUUUGGUAUUAUAAUAUAACAUCUCUGUAGAAUCAUUUUAUUUACAAAGUGAGCACAGUGAUUAUUGGGUAUAAUCAAUGGAUAAUCAAGAAUCAUCAGCAUUUGUAUAAAGGUGCCCUGUGGAGUUUUCUUGGAAAGAAAAAAUAUUUACAUGCAGUCAAAUUGCAUUAAGUAUCUUUAAAGCUUUACAAAUGUGUUUAAUCUACUUUUUUCACAGAUUUUGUACAA